AUGGAAGAAACCUCAAGCCCAGGAUACUACACUUUGACAUUAAAAAGCAGUGAAGAAGCCCGUCUCCAGCAGGUAUUUUCUUCUCAUUGUGAUUCUGAAGGACGAAUGAAGCUGUACCAUUUCUUAAUUUUGACACUAGAAAAAGGGAUUGUUUCGAACUCCUGCCCAUUAAAUAGCAUUCUGUAUAUUUUUCAACAAAGUGCAGGAGAUAAGGACUAUCUCAGUAAAAAUCGAUUUUUUUUUGCAAUUACCUUGAUAGCUCGACAUAUAUUUCCUGACGAAAUUUCUCCAGUCGAACAAAUUUUUACCCAAAUUCUUGUAGAUCCAAUGGUCGAUUCUUCUCAUCCUAACCUCCCUACCCAAGAUGAAGCUACCCUGCUACUUCUAAGUGAAGGGGUUAUCCGUGAAUUUGAAAAAGCUGAAGAAGGUUUCUUGCACAUCCUAAUGGCUUACAAUUCUCAAAAUAUUCAAAAUCGUCGAAAAGUCAUCGGAACUAAAAAUAUCAAGGCAAAAAACCAUGGGAUAACUGCCAGAAAUUUCUUACGAUACUGCAGAGCUGCUUCUUUAGUCCCAAACUUGCUUAAUAUUGAAAACCUUCAAGACUGUAUCGCGUCAGUUUUGCCUCCACGGGACAAAGAAGAAAGAAAAUUCUAUGAAACUUGUGUGCUUAUUAAACAAUAUGAAACAGAAGGCGAUUUUUCUAGUUUAGUCCCCUUAGAUCCAUAUAAAGGAGAGCCAGAUUUAAAGCUUCAUCAUUUACAAAUGAUUUUUGGGAGAAUUGCAAUUCAGAGUAUAAGAGAUAUUGAUGACCCUGUAUUGCAGGUAAGGACACUUUUAUUUGACAAAUUAAAGCUGGGGAAAGGACAAGAGCUAGGGCCAGGGCUGAGUGUAACAUAUUCGACUGAUUAUCAAAGUGAUGUGUCGUUAGGGUCAAUUGAAGACCCAGAAGACGUAAUGGCUGAUUAUGAGCAUAAACAGAUGGUUUCUAGAAAGGAUAUGAGGGACGAUAUGAAUUUAAAUGAAGUUGUGAAGCAGACCCCUCCAUUGCCAACAAUAGAAGAUGUCAUCAAAAUGCUGGAUGAUGAAAGAGUCCCACAAGUCCCACCUGUGCCUCCAAUAGUCCAGGAAAACCCUCCACCUUAUGCAUUACCGGUUAUUCAAUUUGCACUUCCCAAGCCGCCUGAGCCCAAGCCAAAAAAUGCAAUGCCUCAACGCUCCAAUAAGAAAAAAGAAGAAACUGCAGCUGACAGGCUAAAAUUUGCCCCGCUGCCUGGUUCUUUUAUUCCUAGUCUUCCUGAUAAGCCACGCUAUGAAAAGUUUUUUGAGCUAAAACAAAGCUUGGGUUCCAAUUUAUACCCAGAAACAGCUAAACAAUGUUUAGUCAACCCAGGGGUCCACCCUUGUAUUAUUAGAGAAAUCCUUUUGCCUCCUCCUAGUCCUCCAGGAAUUGGGACAUUAAUUGAGUCUUGUUUUGUGUAUCAAAAUAACUAUAACUACCCAAUGGCAUUAAUGAGCUUAGACAAUGCUAAACGAGAAUGGCAAGAUUUUGACGGCUCAGACGACCUCAAGCCUGAAAUUGAUUUAUUUUUUGAAAUCACAAGAGGGGCGAUAUACCAGUCCUGCAAUAAAGAUGGCCUGGCUUUAGCACAAUAUUUUUCAUGUAAAGCAAGUUCUGAUAAGCUUCCAUUUAACCACCCUGAUAAAGCGUUAAUUUGGUGUGGCUUUGGAUCUGUUUUAUUCCAUCUUGGGCAUUAUGGAGUCGCUUUACGAGCUUAUUUAAUGGCUAAAAAGAUCAGAGAAAGAACUAUAGGUGGGGAUACAGUUGAUACUGCAAGCGUGUAUAAUAAUCUUGGAGUCUGCAUGUUUUUCCUUGAAAGAUAUCAAGAAUCCCAUGCAUAUUUCCAGCUAGCAGAAGCUAUUUUAGAUAUGCUAUUAGGCCCACAUCACCCUAGGACUUUGACUGCUAAACAAAAUAUAGCCAAAGUUAAACGGCAAAGCGUCAUGGGGAUGCCAGAGUUCAAGCCCUUAUGGCAGAAACAAUAUGUCGACCCAUUCCCCAAGGCUAAGAAAAAGGGCAAGAAAAAAGGCAAGAAAAAAGGCAAAAAAUAA